AUGGCUUACGUUAAGCCUUGUAUUUGUAUAUAUUCACAGUAUGAUGAAUGGGAAAAUCUCACGGAAUUGAUUCCUUUAUGGUACCAGAUUUGCCUAGGUUAUUUCCGCUGCAACCUAGUCUCUCUGCCCCUUCUCUUCUUCAUCCCUUUCAUCUUCUUCUUCCCUGUUUCUAUAGCAGCCAUGUCGGACUCCAAGUUCCACCCCGCCAUGACUGUUUCAAAUAUCAAAUCCAACAUUAUUCCCGUCACUCUUGAAAUGGAGAAUGUUGAAUACUCCAUGUGUGCGGAGUUAUUUAAAUUUCACGCAAGAUCACAUAAGGUUCUUCAUCACAUCAUUACUCCUAAGAAGAAGGCCCCUGCACCUUCCACGGAUGAGGAGAAAGAGAUGUGGACAAUUUUGGAUGCAACAGUGCUCGGCUGGAUUUACUCUACAAUCUCACGCGACCUCUUGAAUACCAUCAUGGAACCUGACUCUACGGCAAAGGAGGCUUGGGAACAUUUGCGUGACAUUUUCCAAGACAAUCAAAACUCCCGAGCCGUCACUCUUGAACAAGAAUUUUCUAACACCAAUAUGGAGGAUUUCCCUAAUGUUUCGGCUUAUUGUCAGCGGCUUAAGAGUCUCUCCGAUCAGUUGAAAAAUUUUGGUGCACCGGUGGAUAAUAAUCGGCUUGUUCUUCAAUUGGUUUCGGGUCUCUCGGAACCUUACAAUGGUGUUGCUACCUUGAUUAGGCAGAGUAAUCCUCUACCUCAAUUUUAUCAAGAUCGUUCAAUGCUCACAUUGGAGGAGGUUGGUUUAGCAAAGCAGGCGGUUACGGCGUCGGCUAUGGUGGCGAGUGCUCCACGGAAAUCAUCAAAUUCCGGGGGUGAUUCCGGGAAUUCUCGUGACAAAAAUCAUAAAAACCAGAAAAAAUCCGGCUCCCGCAAGCAGUCUGGUGGUGGACGCGGUGGCGCAGGUGGUCAGUCCGGCGGCAGUCUCGGUCAGAGCUCCGACAGUGUCCCCGGUCAGCAGUAG